AUGGAAAACAGUGUUAGUACAAAUUUCCCAAUUGAUUUAUUAGCUACAUUAACAAUUUCAGAUAAUGUAAUUGAUCCAAUAACAAAUGCAGAGAAAGAGGAAGAGAUAGGAAUUAUAGAAUUAACUGAUAGUGCUCAAACACAAUUUGAAUCAUCAUCAUUUUCUUCAUCGACCCCUAUCAAAAAUCUUAAAGAAGUUGAAAGACAAGAUAAUAUAAAUUUAUAUAUAAGUAAAUAUCAUAAUUUUGAUUUAAAAGAUGAUGAUGCUAUUAUUAUUGAUUCUAAAAGGAUAGAAAUUUUAAAUUUAAAAUUAUUCAAUAGUCAAUUAAUUAAUUACUAUGAAUUUAUUGAAAAUAAUUCCAAAACUCCAAAAUUUGAUUCAUUUUUAAUCUUGAGUAGAGUUUAUUUUUUAAUUGAUGAAUUAUUGGAUUUUUUACAAAAAUAUUGA